GAAGAAAUGAAAUGGAUCGCGAGUGUCGCCUGUCCCCGUCCGUCGCCUCUGUUUGACGAACUUUAGGCUCAAGAACCGGCACUGAGAGGGCCUUCGGGAAGCGACGCUGGGGACUGGAUCUAGGAAGAAACACGGCUCCAGCGUAACCGUGUGCGAUCGAGAAGUCGGCGACCAUCGGGACCCCAGAGAGAUGGGCCUGCUCACCACCUAAAAAGCCCCUUUCAUGGUCUGACCAACCAGCAACAUGGCAACGAGUGCAGUCCCCAGCGACAACCUCCCCACGUACAAGCUGGUGGUGGUGGGAGACGGGGGUGUGGGCAAGAGCGCCCUCACCAUCCAGUUUUUCCAGAAGAUCUUUGUGCCUGACUAUGACCCCACCAUCGAAGACUCCUACCUGAAACAUACAGAGAUUGACAAUCAAUGGGCCAUCUUGGACGUUCUGGACACGGCCGGGCAGGAGGAGUUCAGCGCCAUGCGGGAGCAAUACAUGCGCACAGGGGAUGGCUUCCUCAUCGUCUUCUCGGUCACGGACAAGGCCAGCUUCGAGCACGUGGACCGCUUCCACCAGCUCAUCCUUCGCGUCAAGGACAGGGAGUCAUUCCCCAUGAUCCUCGUGGCCAACAAGGUCGAUCUGAUGCAUUUGAGGAAAAUCACCAGGGAGCAAGGGAAAGAAAUGGCGACCAAACACAAUAUUCCGUACAUAGAAACCAGUGCCAAGGACCCACCUCUCAACGUCGACAAAGCCUUCCACGACCUGGUUAGAGUCAUUAGGCAACAGAUUCCGGAAAAAAGCCAAAAGAAGAAGAAGAAAACCAAAUGGCGGGGAGACCGGGCCACGGGCACCCACAAACUGCAGUGCGUGAUAUUGUGAUGGCCCGAGGCCCUGGGCACAGUGACCGGGAACUGGCCAGCCCUCAGGACCCCUCCACUGCCUAACUGCAUCGAAGACCAUUCUAACCAUGACCCUUGGCCCGAGGACUUGGCACAGAAAGGGAGAGAGGGAGGGUGGGUAGGGAGGAGGUAGGGUCUGGCUUUUCUGGAGGGGCACGGGUGGCCCGGAGUCUCACCAGAAACGAGGAGGCAGCGGUGAGCAAAGCAGCCUCCGAGCCCCUGUGUUGAUACAAUCCGGUCCUUCCCUCUCUCAUGGCUGUUGUUUCUCUGAACUCCACAGUGUGGGUUUGAUGUGGAAGUGUUUCUCCACGUACAAAAACAAGCCAUGAUCAAGCUCCCCCCAUCCCCACCCCCAGUCCACAGUGUCUGAGCCUGGGUGUCUUUUGUAGGUUUUUAAAUUAUUUUAGGGAUUAUUAUUUUAUUAAAGGGGUCUGUACCCACUGCCUGGUGAAGUUUCAAGUCUUCAGCAGACCUCUCCGAUAACAUGUCUGGAAUAUUGUGGGUUUUUUUUCAAACUGAAUUUUCCCAGCCGUGCCAAAACUCAACUCAUUAUGAAAGUAGAGUGACUGAGACUGGGAAGUUCACAGGGACACUGGCUGGAGGUUCAGGAGAAACAGACCCCACUCACAGCCUGUAAACUGGAGAGAAGAGAGAUGUGUUUACCCAGAAGGCUUUACUGUGGUUCAGGAUACAGACAUUAUGAAACAAAAUUUUAUUUUGCUGAGGAGAGAGGCUGGCACAUCGGUUUUUAAAGGGCUUCGCCUUAACCUGGAGAUGUAUAAACUAAGCAAACUGACUGGCAUUGUGAAAGUGUUCAUUUCUUUUCCGACUGUUGUGGGUUAAGUUCUGUGUCCUUCGCAGCAUCUGUGAGAGAGCGUUCUCCCAUCUCCUGCGCUAUCUGGUGCCUCUGAUACAAACACACUGAGCAGGUGUGAAUGGUCUCCACGUUGAAGUCGGCUAACAUGGACACCAUCUGGAAAAUUCUGGUUUGUGCUAAGUCUUCACCAAAAAUGAUCCAAUACUGUUCUUACUAAAAUAGCACCAAGACCUGAAGCCAUUUUCCCUUUGAGUCAACUGACUCACGUCUUCAGUCCAAUAAAUGAGCAAAAACCCCUUGAAGUAUUUGCAAACUUAGUAUUACAGGUUGCCCUUCUGACACAAACUUUUAUUAACCUCUUGGAUCUUUACUAUAAUUGGAAGAGAAAGAAAGGUGGGGGUGAUGACAUGGCUCUCCUACACCUGUUUCUACACGGGGCCAGCCCCCAGCUCCUUGACAAUGCCCACCUGCCUCUCAGGUGCUGCUGGUAUGAGCCAGACGGGGUGAGGUGGGGUGGGGCAGGGUGGAGGGGCAGCAGGAACCACAGUACACCCCAGAGAGAAAGUAGGAAGACGAGGCAGUCGGCUAGUGACCGUAUUUUCUGUUACAAAUCAGGCCACCAAGCAAAGUAGAACAUCCUUAGCAGGUGGCCUGGCCACCACUUGGAGAAAGAAACUCCGGAGCAAGUGAGCACCCCGCUGGACGUGGAGACACCUGGAUUCUUUAGUUGUGAAAAUAUGCUAUGUUCCUAACUCAACGAGGUCACCAGCAAUGUGGGGGAAGGGGUGGGGGCACAGCCAAAGAGUGACUCUGCUGCCGAACGAAAUAGUUUGUUGGAGAAUUAGCCUUCAUCAUUUGUCUAAAUGACCCUUUUUUUCUGAAUCGAAAAGGAAGGAUAACAAAGAACAUUCAGCUCAGGCAUUCAGAUCUUCCCAAGACCUUGUAACGUUAGUGGGCCUUCUAAACACUGACAGGACAAGGCCGUUUCCAACUGCCAUGCUCCUCUGGGCCACAUCCCAGCUGCCCAGGUACAGCUCGGUGGCGGCUGUAAGUGGAGAUGAGGAAGAGGCAAGACAGAGGGAAGAAGGAAGGAUGGAGAUGUGGUGAUGGAGAGUGGUGGAGUGGGCCAGGAAGCCUUGCCCACAGGGCAGCAUCCGCUGUGAAACGUUCCCAGGCAUGGACCACCACCAGCACCCUUAUCCACUGUGGAGCCUGCAGUUCCCCGAUGGCACUGGGGAGUCUUGUUGGAAGCAGACCAGUUGACUUAGAAUGAAGCCCUUAGCUCUGAAUGUAACCAGACAAGGGGAUUCCAGCUGCUUCCGGGCCCUCCCCCAAUUAAGGCAGUGCCAUCUACCCCAGCCCCCAGCCCCAUCUUCCAGGGCAUCUCUCCUGCACUCAGCACAUAGCCCACAAUGCUGAAGGAAGAAACUGGGUAAACGAUGGCCUUCAGCAGCCUCCCUGUUGAGUUAAUAGUCCGCCUUCAUUUCCCAUGACCUCAUUUCCCCCACAGCUGCGAUGGGUAAAUAACACUUUUGAAAGAUGGUUCUCUGCAUUUUAGAGAACUGUGGGCUCUUGGGGCAGUGGCGGCUUCCACCUAGGCCUGAGUUAGAGUGUACCCAGGGGUACCCCCAGCACAUGGGCACCUGGCAGGGUCAGUUUGGAAAACCAGUAGCCAUGCUCCUCCCUGAGUGCAGAGCCCAAGGAGACCUGCGUCUUUGGUGACACUCUGGUGUUCCUACUGGCUUUCCAUUUGAACUGUGCUACCGUCAUGCCCCUGGAGCACACCAUUCCUGAAAUCCCCUCACCCCCAGCCUUUGUCACUGUGCGCUCACAGAUUUCCUUCUGACAUCCUGCCCUUCCCCCCCACUCAGAGGGCUCCUUUUCUCCCCUCGGAGGGCAAGCAAUCCGCCAUCCUCCCCACGCCCACGCCUGGGGUGAUGGCCACUGACUUCCCCUCACAGGGUACUCUGCCUCACAGGGGACACCAGGUGGCUUCAGUCAGGACUUUGUGCGCCCCACCCCACCCCCAUCUUCUUGUGGAGAGUGCCUGUGAGCCUCGUGUGGCCUGGCUCCCGUUCCCAGGAGACAAGACCCACUAACACAUGGCCGCUCGGACCUCAGAGGCCCCUCAGACGGGUUACAGUCAAUCCAGAGCCAGAGACAGGUCCCCUCCCUUUUCCACCCCCAUUGGAGUAGGGAUUCCACGUCGGGUUUACUUAGAAUGAAAGACACUUGAAUUGCUGAGCGCCCAUGAGCACCCAGCUUCUAUCACACCGUGUUAGCCAUUGUCUACGCUGGUGGCCGUUGUCCGUGAAACGAGUGAUGCCUGAAGAUCUCGAUGAUGCUUGAGCCUUUUGUGUAACUUUUAUUAAGUCUUUGUGUAUCCCAACUCAUUAAUAAAGAAAAGCAGAGGAA